CACCCAGCUCAUCACGGUGCUCAUCGAAGCCACCACCUCCACCUCCACCCAACAAAUUCCAUAGACGCCGGCCAUUCUCACCAUCCCCACGAAGCCAAACCCAAGAGCACCACCAGAGCAGAGAGCAUCGUCGUCGUCGGCGGCGGUCGGGCAGGCAAGCAAGCAUGGCGGGGUUCAAGGUGACGCGGAUCUCGGAGGGUCCGGUGAAGCCGGCGUCAUCGACGCCCGAGGAGACGCUGCCGCUGGCGUGGGUGGACCGGUACCCGACGCACCGUGGGCUGGUGGAGUCGAUGCACAUCUUCCGGUCCGGCGCGGACGCUGCCCCGGCCGUGAUCCGCGCCGCGCUGGGCAAGGCGCUGGCCUUCUUCUACCCGCUGGCGGGGCGCAUCGUGGAAGGGGACCAGCCCGGGUGCCCCGCCAUCCGGUGCACCGCCGACGGCGUCUACUUCGCGGAGGCCGUGGCGGACUGCAGCCUCGAGGACGUGCGGUUCCUGGAGCGGCCCCUCCUGCUCCCCAAGGAGGACCUCGUCCCUUACCCCGGCGACGACCGCUGGACCGUCGAGCCGCACAACACCAUCAUGAUGAUGCAGAUCACCAAGUUCACCUGCGGCGGGUUCGUGAUGGGUCUGCGGUUCAACCACGCGUCGGCGGACGGCAUGGGCGCGGCGCAGUUCAUCAACGCCGUGGGCGACAUGGCGCGGGGGCUGACGGAGCCCAAGGUGCUGCCCGUGUGGCACCGGGAGAAGUUCCCCAACCCGAACAUCAAGCCCGGACCGCUCCCGGAGCUCCCCGUGCUGGCGCUGGACUACGUCGUGCUCGACUUCCCCACGCCCUACAUCGACGACCUCAAGAGGCAGUACAAGGCGCACAGCGGCAAGUUCUGCUCGGGCUUCGACGUGCUCACGGCCAAGCUCUGGCAGUGCCGCACCCGGGCGCUCGCCCUGGACCCUGCCACCGAGGUCAAGCUCUGCUUCUUCGCCAGUGUCCGCCACCUGCUCAAGCUCGACAGGGGGUACUAUGGCAACUCCAUCUUCCCCGUGAAGAUGUCCGCGCCGGCUGAGAAGGUGCUCGCCUCCUCCAUCUUGGAGGUCGUCGACAUGAUCCGGGAGGCCAAGGACAGGAUGGCCGUCGAGUUCUUCCGCUUCGCCAAGGAGGAGACGGACCAGGACCCGUUCCAGAUGACCUUCAACUACGAGUCCAUCUAUGUCUCCGACUGGAGCAAGCUCGGCUUCUCCGACGUGGACUACGGCUUUGGCCCGCCCAUGUUCGCCGGCCCGCUUGUCAACAAUGACUUCAUUGCCUCCGUCGUCAUCCUCAAGGCGCCGCUCCCGCUGGACGGCACCAGGAUGCUCGCCAGCUGCGUCACCAAGGAGCACUCCGACGAGUUCGCCCGUGGCAUGAAGGAAGACCUGCCCUGAAUAACACUUUGAUGUUGCUUAUCAUACAGCUGAUCCAUGAUGAGACGGGGAAACUGAGAUGAAUGGUGACAUAAAGAUGCUUCUGUUUGGUUAAUGUUGUUGUUAAUUUUGGUUGUAUUUAUUUGUCACUUUAUAUCUUGGUCAAUACAGUACUACUUUAGACAGCAAAUUCGAUCUUAAUUUGUACCAUUUGAUAUGAGACAGAGACAAUAAAAAGGGUAUACUGUCCAUUUUUCGGUUGUUUGA